AUGCCUGUUUUUGUUAACAAUAAUCUUAUUGACAUGCUUGUUAGUGAUAUGGGAGGUCAUGGUCGGGCAUUAGAGGCACUAAAUGAAGCCCUUAAUGAUAAUGAUUUAGACAAAGUUAGCUUUCUAACCAUAAUGGAAGGUGUUUAUGCAAAAUUAUCAGAUCUUUACAAUGAGUGGAUUAACCAAACAUCUUAUUUGAAGCCAAUUCUUUGUAUAAUUCUAACACAAGUUAUAGUAGAAGCAAAUAAAGACCCCACAUUGCAGAGCUGGAAUUUUAAAUACUACCAAGAAGUUCAACACAAUGAAGAUUUAUUAGUACCUCCUGGAUGUCAAUACUGGCAGCAUUUUGAAGAGUUUAUUGGAAGGAUUCGAGUUUUAAAAUCACAGGUUUUUGAUCCUAAUCAACAUGUUGACUUGAAGGAAAUUCAUAGUGGAGCAUGGCAUAAUUUUGAAGACAUAAAGAUUAUAAACAAAGCCUUAACACUAGAGAAAGCUACAGUAUGGACCAGUACAAAAUCAAGUUGUGGUACAAGGACAGUGCAAUGUGAAAAGGUUAAUGUACAAUUGGCAGAAGCAUCCCAUUGUAUUAUUAAUAAACCUAAUGCACCUUAUGGAGAUUGUUUUUGUCCCAUUUACAUUGCUAAUUCACAAAAUUUCUGCAUUGAGAGUCAUCAGUGUAAAUUGAUUAAAGCAUCUGCAGCAAUCAAUGAACAAUUGUUUAUGGAAGAAUAUAAUAAGGCAGCUGAACCUGGGACAGAUGUGUUUAUCUUUUUCACAACUGGAAAAUGUGAUAUCUCAUCACUUCCACCAAGGUCAGCAAUUGUGGAUAGCAAAGUGUGGAAUUCAUAUUUUGGUCCUUUUUCUGGGCGUGCAUUUAUUUAUUCCCAACAAAAUCCACCAAAUAUAAAUAAAGCAGUCUAUACUGUUCUGACAGCAAUAACAGGAAUUGGUACAAAGCAUGCAGAUGUCAUAAUGGAUGAACGAAAAAAAGUCAAUUUACAGAUAUUGAAGAUUGUAAUAGAUGAACAAAAAUACCAAAAAAUGUAUUAA